CAAUAACUGCAAGGCCACCGCCAAAAUGCUCCUCGAAGACCAGCGCCUCCUCCACGAGGACCUGGAGCGGCUCGAGGAAGCCAUCGCCGAGCGCCUUCUCGAGGACCCCAAGCAUAUACGCGACCGCCUCGCACGCGACCACCAGAUCGGAAACUUCCUCUCGUACAUCGAAACCCAAUCUGUCCGCCUCAAGAAGCUUUACGAUGACCCCGACAACGAACGAGACCGCGAAGUAAGAGACCUGGGCACUGGCGAUGUAUGGGCUUCUUUCGCGCGCGAGAUCGACAGUCUCAAAGACUUCCAUCGACGCUAUCCCAACGAGCCAGUCGAGAACCUGGAGAAGGCCUACAAGAAGCGGACCCCCGAGGAGCAGGCUCAAGCUAUCGCACAGAUUGAGACUCUGUUUACCGGUGAGGAGGGGUUUGGUCGGUUCUUCGACUUGACCAUGCUGCAUGAACAGUACCUAAAUCUCCGUGGCCACCAAAACGCGCGACGAGUGACGUACCUCCAGUUUCUCGACCAGUUCGAUGUCUUCACCCCGCCUCAGUGCAACAUUAGUCGCGAGCACAAGAUGUCUGAUCCAUACUUUCAGUAUCUCAAAGCACUGCAGGACUAUCUUGAGGGUUUCAUGCGCCGGACGAAACCUUUAGAGAAUCUCGACAAGAUGUUUGCGACCUUCGACAGGGAGUUCCACGAGGCGUGGGAGGAGGAUGAAGUGCCCGGAUGGGAAAAGAAUGGCCCGAAAAAUACAGCGGCACCCCAGGCCGAACCGGAAGGCGAAGGCAUCUGGUGUUCUGCUUGCAGGAAGGGCUUUACCAAAGAAACUGUCUAUGAGGCACAUCUAAGCGGCAAGAAGCACAAGAAGGCCGUCCAAGCUCAAGAAAACCCCGGGGCAACCCACGGCGCAGCCUCCAAACCCCAGGGCGCAGCUACCAGCAUCGAGCGGUUCAAAGAACGUGCCAUCGCCGAGCGCGAAUUCCGCAUUAAAAAACUCGCCGCCGCCAUGUCAACCGAGCGGUCCGACACAAAGGUCAACGUCGAACGCAAACAAGGCAUGACAGAGCGUGAGCGCCAACAAGAACUCGAAUCCAUCUUCACCGAUGGCCAAGACGCCACCAACGGCGGGCCCAACGACGAAGACCACGACUCGGACGGUGAAGAUAAAAUCUAUAACCCGCUCAAACUUCCGCUCGCCUGGGACGGCAAACCCAUUCCCUUCUGGCUCUACAAACUCCAUGGCCUGGGUGUAGAAUUCUCGUGUGAGAUUUGCGGGAAUUUCGUGUACAUGGGCCGGAGGGCUUUUGACAAACAUUUCAAUGAGCCGAGACAUGUUUAUGGACUUAAAUGUCUCGGGAUCACGAAUACGACGCUUUUCCGAGAGAUUACGGGAAUUGAGGAGGCGGUGAGGCUUUGGAAUAAGAUGCAGAAGGACAAGAAGAAGGAGAAGCUUAGCACGGAUAAUGUCGUGCAGAUGGAGGACACUGAAGGCAAUGUUAUGCCGGAGAAGAUUUAUCGAGAUUUGGCGGCCCAGGGAUUGCUUUAGGAGACGCGUCAGGGACGCUUUGUUUUUUGUUCAUUGCAUUGAGGGCCAGGAAUUCCGUUUCUGUCGACGCUCUGAUACCGUCUUGCAUUUUCUGGUUCGAAGAUUCGGGUUGAUGAUUUGUAGGAUUAGCUUCUGGGUCUCACAUUAGGCAUGGGACUCGGAGUUAAAAGGCGUAGCAUGCUGGUGGUUGGGUUGUAAAUACCAUUUAGUAACUUCAGACUACGUUUUACAAAAC